AUGACCCUACUGGACUUUCCUCUCCGGCGUAUCAAAGGCCGGUUCGUGCCGGAGCCCCUACCCCUGCCAGACACAUUCAAAGGACAGACAGUCCUGGUCACAGGAGGGACAGCAGGCCUAGGUCUAGCGGCCUCUUUACAUUUUGCUGGCCUUGGGGCUGAUGUGAUCAUCACCUGCCGGACGAAGUCCCGUGGCGAUGCUGCCAAGAAGAAGAUUCAGCGUGCUGCGCCAGAGUCUCGUGUAUCUGUGAUGGAGCUCGAUAUGGCACGGUACUCCUCCUGUAUAGCCUUUACUGCGGAACUCAGGAAGGUUCGUCAAGGACAAGGAGGCAUUGAUGUGGCCGUGUUGAAUGCAGGUGUGCUCAGUCCUCGCUUUGUUGCUAGUCCUGAAGGCUGGGAAGUGACGAUUCAAGUCAACACACUCAGCACAAUCCUUCUUGGAAUGUUGCUCUUGGACUUGAUGAAAUCCGAACGAGGCAACCGAAACUCCCCAGCACGCGUCGUCUUUGUAACAUCGCGAAGCCACCUUUACCCGGACAUAAGCCACUGGCAGGAAUGGGCAGAACAAGGAGGUAUACUGCGGCAUUUAAGUGACCACAAGUACUGGCCAGCACCGUGGAAGCUGCAGCAGCCCAAUUAUGGUGACAGUAAGCUACUAAUCAUGUACGCAAUCGAAGAAAUCUGCAAGCAGGCAUUGGGCCCAGAUGGCGAACCACAGGUAAUCGUCAACAGCGUGUGUCCAGGCAUGGUUAAAACCGAUAUUGGGCGCGCCGUGGGGGAUCAAACGUGGGUCAUGAAGCUUCUCGUCUCGCUGUAUAUGAGUCUGGGUGGGAAGCCCCCUGACUACGGCGCCAGGCACUAUAUAAUGGUGGCCUUACGACCUAAGGAAGAGCAUGGGCGGUUCUCCAUCGCGUGGUUGACUCAUGAGCAAUACCUGAGGAAGGCAAGCGUCAAUGUCACGAGUGAAAACGCAAGAAAGGUUCAGGCUUUGGCAUGGAAGGAGAUAAUCAGGGAGCUGAGUGCCAAAGUUCCAGGUCUCGAGAGUCAUUGGCUUGAAAAUCUGUGA